GAAUGUUUGAUAUUAUCACUUAAUUAAUUUCCAAUUCUUGUUAAAUGUGUUUCUUCUCCGAUAUGUACACCAAAUGCCUUGUGGCGGUGUGUUGAGGGGUGAAGGGACCUUUAUACUUUAUGCAAAUAUUGUGUAGCGCUGAACAUUCAUUAGCAAACCUAGCUACUUUUACAGGGUCGUACCUUCCUCUUGUAUUGUUCUUUCAACUACGCUUCUUGCUGAACGUAUUUUAUUGAAAAAAGCAUUGCUGAAGUCAUCAGAUGUAUUCCUAUAUGGCGUCAGACACCUUGGCUCUAGAGGGCAACCAGAGUCCGCUAAUAAAAUAUAUUUUGAUUUAAUUUAGUUAUACAUAAAUUCGAUAUUAAAUAAUUACCCAAAGGCGGCCUACCUAUUGAAAUAUAUGUAUAUAGAAAAAAUGGAUUGUUCUUAUUCAAUUAUUGUACAUUUUUAACCAAUUUGUACCUCCAGGUAUUUGUAUAUAACUGUAUAAAUCGUGGGCAUAAUUUUUCUUCCAUUUUUUUUAAAUACACUUCCUGUCAGCUUCGAAACCGUACUUUGACACAUCCCAAAAAAUCGCUACCAACUGAAUGUUAGCCUCCACUUGUUAGAAGAGUAAGAGCAGCUGCUAGUUGUAGUGCUGGCGUAGCUGCUGUAGACUGUAGAACCUAGCUUCCGCAGCACAUAUGGGAAUGUUUCUUUGAUCAGCCGAGACCUUUUUUUGCUUGUGCUUUUAUUGCACAAAGAAAGUUUUAAACAUUUGGGAACUGCUGAUGAAAAAUUGUAGGAGAAGAAUGCUCGAGGUGAAGAUGAAAUCUUUUACAUUUUGAAACAAUUACGAUCCGAUUGCUUUCGUAUGGCAUCAUCCGAUAAGUUCAUGGAACGCUGGACUCGACCCCAGGGUUGGUUUCGAUGCCAGCCCUGAUAAGAAGGAUUCGGAUUAGCCCAGCUGCGAUGUUUGGCUCCCCUGGCGUACUUAAAUUAAUGGUACCUGUUGCCCUAAACGUAAAAUGACAGCUCUUGGUCGGAUAAAAUCCGGGUCAAAUCCGGUACAUAGAACCGCCUGUCUUGAGAGUUUUUGGUGGUGGCAUCAUGGUAGUGGGUGUAUGUGUGUGUGUAUGAGCAUUUUACUGGAAUUUGCUGAGGGAUUCACUAAUUCGGAGUUUUAUCAGCAAUGCAUUGCCGUCUGUGGAUUCAUAUGCUUCUGUUCGCUCCUCUCGGGCUUUUUCCUCCUUCAUAUUGCGCAUGUGCGAAUUCGCUGCAUAUACCAGGACCAUGUCAUUUUCCAGGUUAUCCCUGAAAAUUUGUAGGGCUGUCACUGAAUGAGAUUCUUCGCUAGCGCUCCACCAUUUAGAGCAGACGUUAGUGCUCGACGAGGAAUCUUUUAUGGAGUAGUGAGAAAUUCUCCUCUUUCCCUUGCGAUUUGAAUAAGGUUCGAGGUCCCGUAUAGAGUUUCUCUACAUUGUCGUCUACCAUUGUGAUUGUAGAUAUUUAUUUGUUAUUAGUUAUUUAAUUUAUAAUAUAUAAAAUUUGUUAAUUUAUUUAGGUGGUGGCUUUUUGCUGAGCACACUUUACUGCCUCAGCGCGCUUGAGUAAUGUACCCCGUUGGUAGAGGUUUCAAACCAGUUGAGGUAUACAUAAGGAAGAUGUUAUAUACGUGAUGUUUUUUGCACAUAAGGGAGAUGUUAUAUGCGUGUGGGGUAUCGCGGGAUUUCGUAUAAAAGAAAUAAGGAAUUCAGUGGCGGUAAUAUAAUUUUGGAGUAACGAAAGGAGUUAAAAAAUGCCUGCCGUACAAUUCAAACCAUUUAACAUUCAAAAGGCACAGGAGUACUUCUCACAAAUAAACCCGUUAGCUCAACGUAUUGCAUCUGAUAUAGACACUACAAAAUCAACUUAUGGUCAAAUUUGGCAUACACUGAAUCAAAAUGAACAAAAUGAAGUUAUAAAUGAAACUCUUAUUAAACCAGAGAUUUCAAUAAAAUAUUUUGAUAAAAUUUCGUCGGAGUCGGCAUUAUCAGCGAACGCAUCAUCUGCAUCGUUCAGUUCGCAAUUACCAGUUUUAAGGCUAACAAACCUUGAACAAAUUCUCAGGCAGUCCCUCCAAAACAGAGAUAAAAGUAAUCAAGGCAACAUCUACGAUAAUCCGUUGGACAAAUCGCAACCUGCAACUAAGCGUACUCAAAGUUUACUGUCAAGUCCCUUAACAGCGCGUAUAAAAAACUCAUUGCCGUCACAAAUAAAUGGUAAAAUUAAGCCAGCGUCGUCCCCUCCGCCACCACCCCCAGCAGUCAACAAACUGUCUACGUCAUAUGCUGGAACCAACCCUAAAUUGGAGGGAGCUAAUAAGUUAUAUACUCGAAACAUGAAAACGGAAAAUGGGGUGCAAACUUACUUUGCUUAUGAUGGACGCAAUUUUAAUUCGUGUGCUUCUCAAAAAAUUGCAUUGAAUAUGGUUUUUGAUGAUUUGCUGGGAUCUUAUCGUGAUGAACAUUCUCUUCCUUUUAGUUACUGCACAAGCUCACAAAUUGAUUUGCAAAGACUUAAAUGCAAUAAUGAGUUAGCUUCGAAAUCUGCGUGUAAAGAUAUUUACUUUCUCCUUAAUGAACCAAACAAUGUAAACUUAGCGAAAAGUAUAUCUGUUAAUAGAGAUUUUGAACAGUUUCAACAGAAGUUGAAAAAAAGCUUGACAAUUCAAAAUGAAAAUGUGAAAAAUGAGGCACACAGUAAUGUCCAAAUCGUUUCAAGCCAUAAUCUUACUCGCUUAAACAGUAAGAAUGACAGAAAUCAAAAUAAUAGUUCAGUUUUAAAAACACAAUCAAUACUUGCGUUACAAAAUCUAAACGAACCUUAUAAGCCAAAGGUUUCACACAUCUUUUCUUCGCGGAAAAGGAACACAUCUGAAAUUGAGCAGUAUUUAUUUAACAAAAACAAUGAAAAACUUUUGGAUAUUUUAUCUUCGCAACAAAAUUUAAGUUAUGCUGUGUUUACGAAUGUCCCAUUUGAACAAGGUGAGCUUGCAACACUUAAGCAAAACUGCAGUAAUAGCGGAAAUUCGGCUGCAUUAUCAAAUUCGUCUACAUAUGCAUCCGAGGAGGAUCAUAUGAACUUCGAUGAUGAUGGAGAAGCUCAGUGUGAAGAUAUUCGUCUUUUAAAUACCGCUCUGAAAUUACGUAAGGGGUUCGAUUUUCUUAAUAAUUGGUAAACAUAUUUACUAACGCGUGCUGCAUAUUAAUACACGUCAUAGCAUAAGUAUAAAACUUACAUGUAUUUGUGGUUUAGUGAGCGUCCAUAAAUCACGUAUCCCGGUCAAGACGGCGAAGGGAGGCGCUGAGAAUAAAGCUACGUAGUUUUCUUCUGAUGAAAAUACUUACUAUAUGUUAAAAAAUUGUGCUUAAUAAAUAAUUUGAUAGAAUAUUGA